UUGACGAGCAUCUUGUAGUUGAGAGUUGUUGUUUCGAGUUGGGCACGCGCUGUGUUCUACGCCUACACCUAAUAGCGUUAUCGGAGUGCCUUUCUAAAACGGAGCUUAGGGACACAGAGACGGAGGUGUGCGGCGUGGUAAAAAGCUUCUGGAACUGUGCCAAACGAUCCGCGGCGAACUGUUAUUUGUCCCACGCUCGAUCGCUGCUGUGUAUCUCCAGCUGACUGCACCCCGUCUGUACCUUCAGUCUUGGAGGGGAAAAGGAGAGGAGAGAGCGUGACAAAAGCCGAUAUGCUUUCUUGACUUCUUCGACGCGAUGGAGGCUUCCGAGGACCAACGGUUGAUCAGCGCGCUGCCACGACUAGUCGUCAGCUGAGCGCCUUAGCAACAGCGGCUGAUCUCGACGCAACUUUCGGGCUAUGGGUGGCGCUGUGAGUGCGGGUGAAGACAACGACGAGCUUGUGGACCACCUGGUCGAGGCCGACUACAUCCGUAGUCCAGAUGUCGAGAGUGCAUUACGUGCCGUCGACCGUGCACACUACUACGCUGACGGGUGCAAGGAAAAUGCCUAUAGAGACCUGGCGUGGAAGCAAGGAAAUUUACACUUAUCAGCACCAUGCAUCUACUCAGAGGUCCUGGAGGCGCUACAGUUGCGUCCAGGCAUGUCCUUUCUCAACCUGGGUAGCGGCACGGGAUACCUAAGCACCGUGGCGGGCCUACUGAUCGGUUCCCACGGCGUCAACCAUGGCGUGGAGCUGCACGAGGAUGUCGUGCAAUAUGCGCAACUCAAGGUGUCACAGUUCUUGCGCUCUAGCCAGGCGCUGGAAGAGUACGACUUCUGCGAGCCGCGCUUUGUCGUGGGCAACUGCCUGUCACUAGAGACGACUGGCCGCCGCUACGACCGAGUCUACUGCGGGGCCUCUUGUCCCGUUGAGAAAGUGUCCAUUCUCACGGCCCUCCUCAAAGUUGGAGGCGUGCUCGUCAUGCCCUGCAAUGACCAGCUGGUGCAGGUCAAGCGCACAGCCGAGGACAUCUGGGUGGACAAGAACAUCCUUCCUGUGUCAUUCGCCAGCCUUGUGCCUCCACAGAAGGGCUGCCCCGAAGUGGUGCUGCCUGACUACCAGCCGGGCAGCCUCCAGGAGCUGAGCCGUGGCGUGAUCCGGCGUCUGCUCCGCGCCCGGCUGGAUCGGGAGAAGCUCCCGAAGCCCCGUCGUCAUCUGGUUCCCCCGCGCCUGCGCAGCAGCAGCAGUAGCGGCACGGUGGUGCCUUUCCGGGGCACCGGCAGCAGCACCUCCACCGGUGGUGACUCCGGCAGCAGCAGCGGUGAUGAACCGCACCGCAAGCGCUCGGCCGGCGGAGAGACCUCGCUCCUGUGGAAGCGCGCUGCUCUCGAUGAUGUUUGCCCGCAGGCCAUGGACCGACCCCCCUUGCUGUGCCAGAGGAUCCUUGAGCUGCCCUUGCCACCUCGGCUCAAGACGUACCUGAACUUUGGCCGGCAGCUCUGAUUGGCUGCGGCCCUCUGUCACAGUCGUCCGCAGAGCACGCAGGGGUGUCGUUCACGCACAAUCUCCUGGCGACGGCAGCACGAGUACUUCGAGUCAACAUGACCCAUCUCCCGUUUCGCAUUCGCGUGCCGGGGGAGCUCAGUGGUGAAGAGUGGCAAGAGUGCGAUCAUCAGUGCUUAGAAAACUUAUCCUUGAUGCAGCUAUGGCCUUCCCUCCGGGGCUGAUGUUCAAGCCCAUCAGUACGCUCCGAGUGGAGGCCUAGCCGUGCACUGCUUUCAAGUCUACGUUGAGAAGUCUGCUUUUCUGUGAUGGUGGUGUUUUAAAGACGGAACACACUGUUGUGUUGUGGUCAGUCAGAUUGCCUGCUCUCGUACGAAGCACAUGGUCAGUGCUUAGCGAGCAUUUUACUGAAGAGUUUUAGCCACUGGCAGUUUUUUUUUAGAUGAUAUAUAUACGUUGAAAUCCUCUUGCUUUACGAUAACGAAUAUCUGUGAAAGAACACGCAGUUUUGUGGUGAAAAUGUGUGUCGUGGCUUGAUCUGUUUCAUGCUUGGCUUGCCGCUGUCUUGGAAGUCGUGCGGCAUUGUCUACAAUGCAGAAUCCGCUACCAUGAAGAGUGCCGUAUUUUCUCGUGUGCAAUGUGAGCUAAAAAUUUUAUUCUCGAGUACAAAAGUGGGGCUGCGGGGAGUUCUGCCUUUGGGUGCGCUACAGGAACUAAGAACUUCGCGGCAGUGCACUCUACACUGCUGUGAAGCCUCCCUUCAGCACAUUGACAGAGAGCAGUGGCAGAAGCAGCAAUUCAAUACGGUUGUUCCUGGAGCUCUGCAUCGUGCUGAAGAUUGUGCUGGGUCACUUUUAGAAUGAUUUCAGCAUUGUUAUAUGUGGUUGUCUGCGCAGGCUGCGUACACAAUUUUUUCUUUUUUCUUUCUUUUUGUUUUAUAGUUAUAUGUAUAAGCAGGUUAUAGUGCUAAAAUAACGCAUGCUCUUGUGAGAGAACAAAAAAGGUUAUCCUGUUGGACAAGUUUACCAAUGUGCAAAGGUGAUACUGAUUCCUGCAUUUUGUAAUUUUAGCAUGUAUUCAGAAAGAAAAAAAAAAGGUUUUUUAUUUUCUGUGUUUUGUUGCUGUGAUGACAAGGUUGCAGGUGAAGGAUUGCUUUGCUUUGCGGAGAGAGCUACAUCUGUGUUUGCUCAUUUGCAUAGAUGCUGUUUAUAUUUUCUCUAGAUUUAUCACUUGUGCCGUAUGUUAUGUGUUUGUGUCUGAAGCCAGAUUUCUUUUUCUUCUCUCUUUUUUUUUAAGUAAAGGAAGACUUAAGUGUACAGCAUUUUGCGUUAUAGUCGCUUUUCUGGCUAAGCCACCAAAUUCCUGCGCUCAAAUUCUUUACAGAACUUGAAACAUUAAGAUCGGUUUUGUUUAAUGCCAUGCUUCAAUGCAGUACUUGCCUUUAUUUUUGUAAAUGAUUCAAUGCAGUACUUGCCUUUAUUUUUGUAAAUGAUAGAUCAAAAGGGUAUCUUGUCUGUGGCAAUGCCAGAGCCAAAAAGUAAUUUUCUCAGUGACAGGAACAGUGGCAUCAUCUGCCGAAGGCAAGAUGCCCAUCGCAACGGUGGAGCGAGGGCAGUUCGUUUCCAGAAAUAUAAGGCUGCAUUAGUGAAAGAAUUUACAUUUUCUUGUCCGCCAUCACUGCAGGUAACAGGCACCCCUGGGCUUGUGUUCAAAAGCAUUGUGCAAGUACUGUCUGUGAUCGGCCAUUGCAGUGACGAUUGUCUCAUCAUGUCUAUUAGUAUCGUUAGUGGCAGGCACCUGAAUGCUGCUGGCCACCGAGGAAGUAAGCACAAUUGUGCUAGGAGGAUGCCCUUGAACGUGGGUGGCGGUUUAUUCUAUACAAGUCGAGUACUACAGCCAAACGUGGUAUUGAACAAAAUCCGCCAUGAAAUGCUCUCUGUGUGUGAAAUUGAAGCACGAACGAGCAAAUAGUUUGCCCAAAAGAGCAAUCAAAACCAAGUUUACUUAUAAGCGCAACGUUUGGUACACUUCCCUGCGAAGCAGGUCCAUACGGUGUUGCCAUCUUGUAGCCGCAGUUGCCGUGUAGCUGCCAACAAAGAAGUCACCACCCCGAUUGACAAUGUGGCACGCCAAGUACAAAACAGAGCACGGGAGACGUGUACUUUGGCCACAAGCUUCAGAAACAGUGUAGCACAAGACUGUGACGUGGCCAAAGCAAGCAACUGUGUGUGACCUGUGGCCUGGCCUCACCCCCCCCCCCCCUCCCCCGCCCCACGGCCAGAAGAGGUCACCACUUUUUGCUUCCUUACUCGUUCCAAGUUAGUGCCGAGGUAUCAAAGUGGCCACUUGGUGGUCAUUGAGGAGCCUGGUGGCUGACACCCAGUGUAAGUCAUAAUAAAUCAUGGAAGACAAAACUGUA